AUAACCACGAUAAAAUAUAUUGCACCGCCAACAACUUAUCUCUUCACAACUCAUGAUUGACUGGUAGAAAUAGCCAUCAGGUGUUAAGUCCGCAAUAUGUACUUACGUGCAUUAAAGUUAUUUAAAUAAAUAUAUUAUGUAGAUUUGUCAGUGCAAAUUUAUUUAAAUUUAAUCUAUUUAGUUACAAUACGGAAGUUCCUUCAAUAUUAGCCACAAGGAUGUGUUAUGUGUUUCUUUAUUCAUAAAGUGUUGAUAUUCUUUUGUUUUUAAUGUGGUUUGUUAUUAAAAAAAUGUAGUUGUGUUUUGUUUUUAAAUAAUCCGUUAUUGUAGAAGAGUUUAUGAGUGGAUUUUUGACAAUUAUGAGUGUAUUAUAGUGUAUAUAUUACUAAUUGGAUGUAAUAACGAAGCAAAUAAGACCAGGCUUGCAUAAUGUUCGAGAGCUUCCUCGAAAUAGGAUUCGAGGCUGAAGUGUUGAAUACAGAAGAGAAUGAGGAGUUUCUGGCUCUAGCUUCGGAGUUGUGCCAUGAGAAUGUGGCCACCAGGUCUGAGUCGAUUCAGGAGCUUCGAAAUAUGAUAGAAGAUCGCGGCGAAUGUACGCCAUACAGAACUGAUGACAAAUUCCUGCUGAGAUUUCUACGGGCCAGAAAUUAUAUCAUACCAAAAGCACACAGGCUGUUGGUCCGUUACUGCACGUUCAGGGAGCAGUAUCCGUAUUUAUGGCAGGAUGUGGACCUCUGGUCCCUGGAGAAAGUGAAGGACGCGUAUGAAGGGACCAUAUAUGACCGCCCUGAUAUUGGACGCCUCUCCAUAUUCAGAUUUGGAACUUGGGAUCCAAAUGAGUAUCCUAUAGAAGAUCUAGUUAAAGCAGGGGCCUCUCAAGUCGAGAUUGCGACAAGACAACCGAAAUUACAAAUACUAGGUGGCACCCUCAUCGUUGAUUUAGAAGGAAUUACAUUGCGGCACGCAGCUACCUUAACGCCUACUGUAGCUUAUCAAAUAGUUUCUUUAUUAGGUAUGGCAACACCAGCCCGACUGAAAACCUGCCACUUCAUCAACUACUCCUGGCUACUUAACUCAUUUUUUUAUCUCUUCAAAAAGUUCAUCCCUCGGGAGUUUGUCAACAACAUCUACUUCCACGGACACGAUUUGAAGUCUCUACAGCAGCAUAUCCCAAUCGAAUGUCUGCCGGAGAGAUACGGCGGUACCUGCAAGAUGCAUUGCAACUAUAGUACAUGGCUGAACAAAAUUAAAAAAUAUAGAACGAAAGAAUUUGAUAUCGAAAUGAAACGUUUAGGUUAUAUUAUAAAAGAGUAACGUUAUUGCGUUAAUCUAUGUUAUAUAGGUAUGUGAAGGGGUUUACUAUCCCUUAGAUCUAAGAGUCAAAAGACACCAAAAAUCUUUGUCAAUUUAUUUAUAGCCUCUUUGGAAAUAGAAACAUCAAGAGCAAACCAAAUUAAUACUAUACUGUCGUUGUCGAUCAUGGUCGAGUUAUUUCUCCAAUUAAAGAAGCUUCGAGAACAAUCCAAAAUAUUACAACAGACGAUAGUAGGUUCGUCGCCUAUCAUGUUAGAUUUAUUUCUCCAGUAAAAGAGGCAUCAAGAACAAAUCAAAUUAAUACAAUAGACGAUGGUAAGCCCGUUGCUUAUCACGUUAGAUGUAUUCAUCCGGCAAAAGAAACUUCGAGAACAAAUCAAAUUAAUACAACAGACUAUAGUAGGUCUGUCGUCUAUCAUGAUAGAUUUAUUUCUCCAGUAAAAGAGGCAUCAAGAACAAAUCAAAUUAAUACAAUAGACGAUGGUAAGCCCGUUGCUCAUCACGUUAGAUGUAUUCAUCGGGCAAAAGAAACUUUGAGAACAAAUCAAAUUAAUAUAACAGACGAUAGUAGGUCUGUCGCCUAUCGUUAGAUUUAUUUCUCCUGUAAAAGAGGCAUCAAGAACAAAUCAAAUUAAUACAAUAGACGAUGGUAAGCCCGUUGCUCAUCACGUUAGAUGUAUUUAUCCGGCAAAAGAAACUUCGAGAACAAAUCAAAUUAAUACAGCAGUCGAUAGUAGGUCUGUCGUCU